AUGGCUAUCAUAAUAAAAUCUCUCUUUAUUCUUCCUUUGUUCUUUGUUUCUGGCUUUGCUGAGAAGUUUGAUCAGCCAAAUGCUUACCAGGUCUUAAACAAGGAACAUAUAUUAGGGCCUCAUGAAUUGUUCGGAAACCCAUUUGGAAAUCCUGAUGAUUACAAGAAAGUGAAAGUACCUGAUGAUUUUGGGACUCAAAUUCAAGGUGAUGAUGUUGCUGCCCCAGUUUCUAAUAAGCCUCAAAACGGUCCUCCUGAUAGUCCUAAUUUGGCAACUCUUGGAUUCAAAGGUGCAUGGGAGUUGGUUUCUAAGAAUUCUGGCGUCUCCGCCAUGCAUGCAAUUUUGCUUCCUAAAAUUAACCAGGUCUUGAUGUACGAUGCCACCAUUUGGAAGAUAUCUAAUAUCCGAUUACCUAAUGGAGAAUGUCGUAUUCUUAACAAAACCACAGGUGAAAAGGAUUGCUGGUGUCAUUCAGUAUUGUAUGACAUUAACAACGCAAAACUUACUCCUCUUGAGCUCCACACUGAUACAUGGUGCUCUUCUGGAGGUCUCGAUGUUAAUGGAAAUCUUGUGAGCACUGGUGGCUUUCAAGGUGGUGCAAAUACUGUUAGAUACCUUGGCACCUGCAAAGGCUGCAACUGGAGAGAGUACCCAACUGCACUUGCAGAUCGUAGAUGGUAUUCGACACAAGCAACAUUGGCAGACGGUGGAUUUAUCGUGGUUGGUGGCCGUGAUGCCUUCAGCUACGAGUACAUUCCGGCGGAAGGAAAGUGCAAUGCUAAACCUUUCUUGUUCGAGUUCCUCCGCCAAACCACCGACCCAGAGGAGAACAAUUUGUACCCAUUUGUCUUCCUCUCCACUGAUGGCAAUGUCUUCAUCUUCGCCAACAGUCGCUCCGUUUUGCUCAGUCCCAAGUCUAACAAGAUCGUCCGCGAGUUCCCUGUCCUCCCCGGUGGGCACCGCAACUACCCAGCCUCUGGAAUGGCCGCUCUCCUCCCACUAAAACUUAAGGCCGAGGGUCAGACGAUGGUCAACACAGAAGUCUUGAUUUGUGGUGGUUCUGCACACAAAGAUUCGUACUCUAAAGCCGAGAAAAAUAUAUUCUAUACUGCACUUCAAGACUGUGCAAGAAUGAAAAUCACAGGUAACGACUCUGUUUGGAGGAGAGAGCUCAUGCCAACACCACGCGUUAUGGGCGACAUGAUGAUUCUUCCUACUGGAGAGGCCCUCAUACUCAAUGGUGCUAAAAGAGGAGCUUCAGGCUGGGGAUUUGCCAGAGAACCAAAUUUUGCCCCAGUUUUAUAUAACCCAAGAGCCAAAAAAGGCGAAAGGUUCACCGAGUUAGCACCUUCCAACAUUCCCAGAAUGUACCAUUCAGUUUCUGCAGUUCUGCCGGACGGAAAAGUCCUUGUCGGCGGCAGCAACACAAACAAUGGCUAUAUUUACGAUGCCAUGUAUCCUACUGAGCUUAGAAUCGAGAAAUUCUCUCCACCAUACUUGAAUCCUGCACUGGCUAAGAAGAGACCAGUGAUUCAGGGCAUGCCUAGUGCGAUCACCUAUGGAGGCAACGUCGCGGUUCAAAUCAAGUUAGAGGGAUCCCAAGUGCAGCAGCAAGAUCUGAAAGUGGCAAUGUAUUGUCCUGCUUUUACUACCCAUGGAGUCUCCAUGAAUCAAAGACUUAUAGACUUGGGAUUGAAAGAGGUGAAGAGCAAUGUAGGAACCCACACGAUCGUGGCGGUCGCACCACCGAGCAACAUGAUUGCUCCCCCUGGAUUUUAUCUGUUCUCUGUUGUUUACCAAGGAGUCCCCAGCGUUGCCAAAUGGGUGCAGAUCAAGUGA